AUGGCUCUACUCGAGACCCCCGAUGUGUCGUUACCAGCACGGCCGGAUAUCAAGCAGAUCACUCACCCGCUCAAGAGGCCCUCGGUGACGGUUCACAGUACCGAGACCGAGGAACUGAACUCAAUCGGACGCCAAACACAGCCCCAGUUUGAGCUGGAAGAGCAUCCUGUCGAUGUCGUUCGGCCCAUCAAAGUCGGCAUUAUCGGAGCGGGCCUCUCAGGAAUCACGGCUGGCGUCCUGUUGCCCGCGAAGCUGCCCAAUCUGGACCUUCGGAUCUAUGAUAAAAAUGCGGAUGUGGUAAGGCACAGCUGCACAUGGUUCGAAAACACAUACCCGGGGGUCCGGUGUGAUAUCCCCGCCCAUGCAUAUCAGUCGGCCUUUGCUCCAAACACCCAGUGGACGGAGGAGUUUGCCCAAGGCAAGGAAAUCAGAGAAUAUUGGCAAAGCGUGGCCCGCCGAUACAACGUGUAUCAAUAUCUCCGCCGGCAACAACGCGUCCAAAAAGCCGAGUGGCUGGCCGAAGAAGGGAAAUGGAAAGUCACCAUCCAGCAUGUAGACGGCACAGACAAGGUCUAUGAAGAAAAGCUCGACGUGCUCAUCAAUGCUAUCGGCCACUUCAAUGCCUGGAAACUUCCUGACUACGACGGCAUACAAGACUUCCAAGGACCUCUCUUCCACUCAUCCAAUUGGGAUCACUCAGUCGACCUCCAGGGCAAACGCAUCGCGCUCAUUGGAAACGGGGCCUCGGGCUUGCAAGUCCUGCCAUCCAUCCAGCCGCUCGCUAGCCAUAUUGACCACUAUGCCCGUAACCCAACCUGGAUCGCAGACUCAUUCAGCAGUGGCAACAGCGGCGUGCGGCGCCUCGAGCCAAACCUAUUCUCAGAAGCACAACUAGAAUUGUUUCGGGAUCCCAAAGCCUACCUCGAGUAUCGCACUGAAGUGGAAAGAGGGUUCUUCCAACGCUUUGGAGCCAUCUUCAAAGACACCCCCGAGAACCAGUCCCUGCGCGAGAAAUGGACAGCACUCAUGCUGCAACGAAUCACCGACAAGCCCGAACUCGCAGCUCACAUCCUUCCAGACUUCCCUCCAAACUGCCGCCGUCCAACCCCGGGCCCGGGCUACCUGGAAGCCCUGACAAAAGACAACGUCAACUAUAUCCGCACGCACAUCCAGCGAUUCACUGCAAACGGUAUCGUCACUGAGGAUGGCGUCGAGCGUCCCGUCGAUGUGACUAUCUGCUCGACCGGUGCCAAUGUCGACCACGCCCCGCCGUUCUCGAUCAUCGCACACGGCGUCGACCUCCGAACCGCCUGGAAGAAAGACGGUGCCUUCGGUUUCCCCUAUUCCUACCUGGGCUUCGCCACCCCAGGCUUCCCCAAUCUGCUCUGGCUCGGCGGGCCCUACUCCUCCGGCCACAGCGGCACCGUGCCCAACAGCGUCGAGAACCAGGUUACCUAUAUCGCCAAAGUGCUGCGCAAGAUCCGCACCCAGGGCAUCAAGUCCAUCGUGCCGUUGAAACGCGCCGCCGACGACUUUGUCGAGUAUUGCGACCAGUUCUACCCGCGCACGGUGUGGUCCGCGAACUGCAGCUCUUGGUAUAACGGCGGAAAACCCGGGGGGCGCAUCCACGGCUUGUUCCCUGGUAGUGCAGCGCAUGCGAAUUACAUUCGGCGCGAGCCGCGCUGGGAGGAUUGGGAGUACGAGUAUGUCAAUCCGAGCGGAAAUCGGUUUGCGUAUUUUGGGAAUGGGUGGACUUCGAGAGAGCUUGACCCUGAGGCGGCGGAUUUGACGCCGCAUCUGAAGCUGCCGGAAGAUAUUGAUUUGCGCGCGCAUUUGGAAGGGUGGUGGGAUGUUUGA